UACCUUUGCUCCGCGCGUUCCUCUCGCCGUGUUCCCCGCGCGUUCCGGUCUUCAGGGCGGACUGUGAGAGGAGAGGAGUUCGUCACGCUGCCCCGCCUACAUCCUGGCAGCCAAUGUUUGCCACGCUCCGCGGGCCGGAUUAAAAGGUCCGCCGGGCCGUAGUUUGCCCAUUGCUGGGCUAGCUGCAGAGUCCUGACUUUUGGGGCGGCCACCCGAGAGGAGGGAGGGGAGCGGGCGCCCGGCACACAAGAGCCGCAUUAAAGUUUCUAGAGAGCCGCAUGUGGCUCGCCGACCACUGCCCUAGCAUUGAAGUAAAGAAAACAAACAGAGGGCACA